AUAAAAGAAGAAUUGCAUUGCAGUACAGACACACAAGCAGUAGAACCCUUUAAGGGAGCCUGGAUUUCGACAGCGGGGAGCCAGCUAUACAAAAACAGAAACACAUUGAUGCUACAGACUGACCAAAAAAAAAAGAAUUAAUCCACGUUAACAUAUAUAUAUAAACACCCAUCUAGGGGAGACCCACCACCGAGAGACGCACAUUUCACUUCUUCUGCGAUUGUCUCUUUGGAGAGCACAAUUUUCCACAUCCUGCUGAAGACGAAGGCCGCUCGGCGUCUUCGAUUUUUCCUCUGCGGGAUCUCUCUGGGUGUGAGAAACCGAACGGCGCCGCAGAGGACCAGGGCUGUCUGGAAGACCGUGUGGGGUUUGGCUCGGGAUUUUUUUUUUUCCUUCCCAUUUUUUUUCCUUUUUUUUUUUACUCCCCCCCCCUCCCCUGUCAGAAAACAACAAAACAACAACCCCGACAACCUGCCUGAAAGAAGAACGCCGACCACAGCCACAACCGAGCGAACGCCUCACCACCUCGGCAACAGAAGGAGCUAAAUUCCAACUUCCUUUGCACAUUAAGAAUGGUUACUCAGAUAAUCAGCACAAUGGAAACUCAGGUGUCCAACGGUCCGACCGCCAACAGUAUCCCCAAUGGCCCUGUCAUCAGCACUAAUGGUUCCACGGACGACAGCAAAACCAACCUGAUCGUCAACUACCUGCCCCAGAACAUGACCCAGGAGGAGUUCAAGAGCCUGUUUGGCAGCAUCGGAGAGAUUGAGUCCUGCAAACUGGUCAGAGAUAAAAUCACAGGUCAGAGUUUAGGCUAUGGAUUUGUAAACUAUGUCGACCCAAACGACGCCGACAAGGCCAUCAACACGCUAAAUGGACUCAAACUGCAAACCAAAACAAUCAAGGUGUCCUAUGCUCGGCCCAGCUCAGCCUCCAUCCGUGAUGCCAACCUCUAUGUCAGCGGGCUUCCCAAGACCAUGAGCCAGAAAGAGAUGGAGCAGCUGUUUUCUCAGUACGGCCGGAUCAUUACCUCGCGCAUCCUGGUGGACCAGGUGACAGCAGGCAUAUCACGAGGAGUGGGAUUCAUCCGGUUCGACAAGCGCAACGAGGCUGAGGAGGCCAUCAAGGGGCUGAACGGGCAGAAGCCACUGGGUGCCGCCGAGCCCAUCACUGUCAAGUUUGCCAACAACCCCAGCCAGAAGACCGGCCAGGCCCUGCUCACACAGCUGUACCAAACCGCCGCCCGCCGCUACACCGGGCCCCUGCACCACCAGACGCAGAGAUUCAGACUCGACAAUUUACUUAACAUGAGCUACGGAGUCAAGAGCUCUCCCUCCCUUCUCCCUAGGUUCUCACCCAUCACCAUUGACAGCAUGACCAGCCUAGCUGGAGUCAACCUGACAGGGCCCACGGGAGCUGGCUGGUGCAUCUUCGUGUACAACCUGUCGCCCGAGGCCGACGAGAGCGUACUGUGGCAGCUGUUCGGACCCUUCGGCGCCGUCACCAACGUCAAGGUCAUCCGCGAUUUCACCACCAACAAGUGCAAAGGCUUCGGCUUCGUCACCAUGACCAACUACGACGAGGCCGCCAUGGCGAUCGCCAGUCUCAACGGCUACAGGCUGGGCGACCGCGUGCUGCAGGUGUCCUUCAAGACCAGCAAGCAGCACAAGGCAUGAGGUGUCAAGGAAGAAGACUGGGGGAGGGGGGAAGGGCGGGGGAAUGGAGAGGAUAAACUUGUAGGAAGGAAAGAAAAACCAAACAGAAUCAAAACGAAGAAUAUACAGUGAGCAAAAAACGCUAGAGGAAAUUAGGAAAACAAAAAUGUUCACCAAAAGCAAGGGAGCCCCCAUUUGGGUUAAAUCCUAUUUGACUUAGAUUAAAUUACAGUCCUACUGGUAAUCAUUUUACAGUAUAAUAGAGCAUCUGUAGGUUUGCCUGUACUGAAGCAUAUAUGGCGUGUAGCAUCUGCAGUCACAUCGGUGUCUAUAGAGUUUAGAAGUUGCUAUUCAGGAAAGGUUCUAGGAAGCAAAGCUGCAUGUGCUGUAUCUAUUUAUGCAGUCCACUGCUGUAGCCAAAACGAGCACAGGACUGCUCUAUAGGCAACAGGGACCCCAGCACAUAGGGAUGAGAUUUCGGCUAAUGCCACGCAGGACUGGGAAGUUGGGGAGACGCAGGGUGGUGAAGAGCAGUGCUGUGCAAGUUAACGUGAUUUUGGGCAAGCAAAAAUUGAGUUAAAAAAAUUAGAAUUAAGUACAGUUAUGCGAUUUUGCCCUACAACCUGCUCCCUAUCUUCUUCUGUCUGAUACGUACAAAACAUUUGGGAAAGGGGAGGGGGCGAGUACAAGAACCAAACUUCGGCAAGAAUUAAGUAUAUAAUCGUAAUGGAUUAGUUUCCCACUGGGUAUUUGCAAUCGACGAUUUUUAUUAAAAAUACAAAAAAAAAACACAAAAAAAACAAAAAGCCAGUGUUAGCUUAUAUAUAUUAUAAAUAUAUAAAUAUAUAUCAAUAUAUAUCGCGGUUGUAACAGCCAAGUAAGCAAGCAAUUUUAUAAAACAAACUUUGACUACUAUUUCCUAGAUCAACUUUAUGGUGCAAAUCUACUUUGGCGUUUCCCAGUCACGAGAGGUUUCUAGCCAGUUUUAGGCUGUAUAGAAGAGUAGUGGGAGCAAGGUCGCGACGAGUGAAAUUCAAACAGAGAAGCUUCUUUCCUAAUUUUACAGCGGGAUGAGAUUUAAGAUUUUAAAAUGGCAAACUCUGGGGGGGGUAAGGGGGACAAAAACACAAGAUGCUUGCUCACACACGAACAGGCAAACCGAAGAAAAAAAACGUUUAUACACCGAGGCUGCGGCAGUUUCAAUGUGUUAAAGACCAUGCGUGUGAAAAACAGCUACCAGCGAUGUUAGUUUUUCUUUUCAGGAAAGUCCCACUUAUAACAUUUUUUUUCUAAAACAAGGGGGGUUGAUUAUGGAAUUCUAAACUGGCUCUUUAAUUUUGUGGAUUUCCAGGUGAUCCCCUGACAUUCAUUCAUUGCGAAAAUGAACCCCUAUCCCAGCAGAUCAAAGCCUAAAACUCUUAGAUGUUCACGACAGUCCAAAUCUGCAAUAUGGGAAGGGGACGGUGCCUUGACUGCUGGUGUAAUUACUAUCCAUUGCCUCACUGUGUUUCUGAGGUUUCCAUAACAAAAUCCGACUCACGUAGACAGAUGGAUACCAAAUUAAACCAACAGAAAGGGAUCCAAAGGUGGUUAACUUUAACACCGCCGCAGUGAACUAGUAACGACCCAGACUUAAGCCUGUGAACACCUUUAUCUGGUUGAGCCCCCUACAGACAGUUUUGAAAACGUGAACAGCCAUACGUUGCUUAUUUCUGCACUUGCGUUCCGCUUGCCACUUUCAGAAACAGGGCUCCCAGCAAUCCUCUCUCUGGAUCGAACUAAUUGCAUCAGCCAGAAGCACGCUGCGGAAACUGAACAUUACGAAACAGCCAGAAGCACGCUGCGGAAACCGAACAUUGUGAAACAGCCGGAAGCACGCUGCGGAAACCGAACAUUGUGAAACAGCCGGAAGCAUGUUGCAGAAACGGAAGAUUACAAAAUGGCCAGAAGCAUGCUGCGGAAACCGAACAUGAUGAAACGGCCAGAGGCACGUUUCAGAAACCGAA